GUGCGAAUUGAAUCGAUCAAGGCUGGUUGCUAUAACACGUUAGUGAUGUUGAACUUAGAUGGAAAUCCGUACGAGAAGGAAGGUUUGAAAUCGCCUCUGUACGAAUACAAGUACAAUGAGCCUUUGAAGCCGGAUCAGAAAGAAUUCCCUAAAAAACCCCAACCUUUCGAUUUGUAUCUCGACAUGUAUCGGGAUCCUAAGGAAGUGGAACAAGAACUUUUGGAGGAAAGAUUGAAACGCGCUCAGCUAGAUGACUAUCAGGCACCAAAAUGGUUAGAUCCAAAUUACAACGAAAAUAAAAAGAAUUUGCCCGCUUGGCAACAUCGAAGGAUUCUGGCAAGAGAUGGACGUUAUCGAGCUUUAUAUAAUAAUGCAUUGAAGUCUAAUUUUUGA